AUGAAUGAGAAUCUCAUAGUGGUAAAGAGGAUAAAAGAAGUUCUAACGCUGAAUAAACCGUGUUAUGUGGGAAUGAGCAUCUUAGACUUAUCCAAGACUCUAAUGUACGAUUUCCACUACAACACCAUUAAGAAGGAGUAUGGUAAUAGUUCGAGGUUACUGUUCUCCGAUACCGACAGUCUGAUGUACGAACUGAAGACGAAUGAUGUCUAUGAGGACUUCAAGAGGAUCGGCGAAGAGCAAAACUGCUGGGAUAAUUCAGAUUACCCAAAAGAUAGCCCUUACUACUCAACCCACAACAACAAGGGUAUAUGUAAGUUUAAGGAUGAAGCUGGAGGAGUACCCAUAACUGAGUUUGUUGGGUUGAGGUCAAAGAUGUACUCCUAUGUCAAGGAAAACGGUGGGGGUGGAAUGACAGCUAAAGGGGUUAAGAA